AGUUUCAUAGACAAUUGGGUCCGAUUUUGUUUUUUCCUGAAAAGACACAAAACCCUGUCUUCUCUCUCCCCCCCCUCUCUCUCUCGUGCUUUCUCGUAGUAAUAGUUCUUUCGUGUGUGAUAUUUCAUUCCUUUCAUUCAAGUAACAUCUGAACAAUAUAAGAGGAUGCGGAGAUCCGUUAUUGGGUCAGCUAAAGCCCUUUCAAACCGCUCCUGUCAAAAUCAUUGGAACGUGCUGCUGCUGCGUCCUUUAGCCUCUUCUCCUUCACGUUUCCUGUCUUCUACCUCUCCCCCCCCUCCUCCUUCAUCUAUGCCUCCUGUUUCUCUUGAUAACAUUAAUCCCAAGGUUUUAAAAUGUGAAUAUGCUGUCCGUGGCGAGAUUGUCACUCUUGCACAGGCGUUACAAGAAGAGUUAAAGUCUAAGCCAGGCUCCCACCCCUUUGAUGAGAUACUUUACUGCAAUAUUGGAAAUCCUCAGUCUCUUGGUCAGCAGCCUAUCACCUUUUUCCGUGAGGUUCUUGCAUUAUGCGACCAUCCUUCCAUUUUGGACAGAAGUGAAACUCAGGGUUUGUUCAGUGCUGAUGCCAUAGAGAGAGCUUGGCAGAUUCUUGAUCAAAUUCCUGGAAGGGCCACUGGUGCUUAUAGUCACAGCCAGGGAAUCAAAGGACUGCGUGAUACAAUUGCUGCUGGAAUUGAAGCCCGUGAUGGCUUUCCUGCUGAUCCAAAUGAUAUUUUCUUGACAGAUGGUGCAAGUCCAGCGGUCCACAUGAUGAUGCAGUUACUGAUACGAUCAGAGAAAGAUGGCAUACUUUGUCCCAUUCCUCAGUAUCCCCUGUACUCUGCUUCAAUUGCUCUCCAUGGUGGUGCUCUGGUACCCUACUAUCUUGAUGAAGCAACUGGGUGGGGCUUGGAAGUUUCUGAGCUUAAGAAGCAAUUGGCAGAUGCAAAGUCCAAGGGAAUCACCCCUAGGGCCCUGGUUGUGAUAAAUCCAGGAAACCCAACAGGGCAGGUUCUUGCAGAGGAUAAUCAGCGGGGGAUUGUGGAGUUUUGCAAGCAAGAAGGUCUUGUCCUUCUUGCAGAUGAGGUUUAUCAGGAAAAUGUUUAUGUUCCUGAGAAAAAGUUCGACUCAUUUAAGAAGAUUGCUCGGUCUAUUGGAUAUGGCGAAAAUGAUAUAUCUUUAGUAUCUUUUCAGUCUGUCUCUAAAGGUUACUAUGGAGAGUGUGGAAAGAGAGGAGGUUACAUGGAAGUCACUGGGUUUGUUCCUGAAAUAAGAGAGCAAAUAUACAAAGUUGCAUCUGUGAAUCUAUGUUCCAACAUUUCUGGUCAAAUUCUUGCAAGUCUCGUCAUGAGCCCACCUAAGGUCGGAGAUGAAUCAUAUGAAUCAUACUCUGCUGAAAAAGAUGGAAUCCUCUCAUCUUUAGCGAGACGUGCAAAGACGCUGGAAGACGCAUUCAAUAAUCUAGAGGGUGUAACUUGCAACAAAGCAGAAGGGGCAAUGUAUCUCUUCCCCUGCAUCUGCUUGCCUGAAAAGGCAAUUAAGGCUGCCGAAGCUGCAAAAACAGCUCCAGAUAACUUCUAUUGUCGCCGUCUACUCAAUGCCACUGGAAUUGUUUUUGUUCCUGGUUCUGGCUUUGGGCAGCUUCCGGGCACUUGGCAUUUUAGGUGCACCAUACUACCUCAAGAAGAUAAGAUUCCAGCAGUUGCCUCCCGUCUCACAGAGUUCCACAAGAGUUUCAUGGAUGAGUUUCGCGAUUGAAGGAUCUUUGCAUUUUAAACUCUUGAAAAGUUACAAAAUAAGAUAGUAGCCCAUCAUUUUAAUACAACGAUGGAUGUUACCUUGAUACAUUGUAAUUUUUUUUUCUUGGAAGGAUAUAUAGAGGUUUUUCUUUAUUGCUCCUCCAUCGAAGUGUUUCCCUUCGUUGUGAUCGGGAAAUAUAUGCUGGAUUGUAAUCACAUUUCUUGAGAAAUCUUUCUGCAGCACAAUCGGGCUCCAUAAUGAUAAUAUUUUCGCAUCCUCUUCA